AUGAUACCCUCGCCGCAAAGGCUGGGUCUGGCAAACGUAGAUCAGUUGCGCCACCGUCACGGGUUAGGCCACAUUCGACAAGCUCAAGCUAGCCAUUACGAUACUACCGGUACGGCAGCGGCAGGGGUGCAGCAUGCAGGGCCAGCCCCACGGGUGCUAGUCGCUGAAGUGGACCAAGUAUCGAGCCCGCUCAAGAAGCUCGCAGCUUUUCUGGACGUCGACAAGGCAAAGAGCCUAGGCUUCGCUGAGAUAGAGGCCGUAUGGCGGCUGCGCCACGCGACGUCGGCAUCCUCUCUUUGCGCAGCAAUUCCAUGGUCGACGUAUGAGCGCAUCACUGAGACGGCGCGCGCGCAUCCGCGUUUUGUACUGCCGCUGCCACUGCCGCUGCCGCAGCCGCUGCCGCAGCCGCUGCCGCUGCCACCUUCGCUCUCCGCCGCAGCCCCGGAUCAGCAAGAAUCUCAGCAACAGCGUGCGACUCUGCACUACCUACAGUGGGCAUUCCCCGCGCCUGAUGCCGCGACGCUAUCCAUGACGCGUUUGAACGAGUUCCAACGCCGCGGGGUGCAUGCGCAUCCGCACACGACUGCGACGCUGCACCUCGAGCUGGCCAAGAGCAACGGCGUUGUGCUGCUCCAAGGCGAGGUCAACGGCAUCGGGGCCGACGCGGCCCGCUUGCUGCUCAUGCUGGCGCAGAGGUUCUGUUGCGGUUUGUGA